GUUGGUGUCACUUAAUCAUCUCCUAAUCCCUACUCAUUCCUUAUGGUUGUUGCAGUUAAAGUAUUAGAACUAUUCGGCUACAAAAACGCAGCUUUCCUGUUCUCUGUCUCAGCAAGGAUUACUUCUUUCAUUGAACACAGUUUGAGUGAGUUUUGAGCUUAUCAAUGGCAGGCGGUGCGGAUUUGGCUGUGCUUCCGCUGUGCUCGAAGCCAGCUGGGGACCAAGGCCUGGAGCAGCAAGACAAGGUAAGCAAUCUCCGGAGGCUCGAAUUGCCGAAGUCGGUGCCCCCGCUUUCCUCCGCUCCGGUGGUGGCAGAGGCCAUCCGUCGUCCACGUGGGCGCCCUGCUGGCUCCAAGAACAAACCUAAGCCUCCCAUCAUUAUCACCAGGGACAGUGCAAACGCGCUCCGGGCCCAUGCGAUGGAGGUGAGCUCGGGCUGUGAUGUGAAUGAGAGCUUGACGGGAUUUGCUCGGAAGAGGCAGCGGGGGCUCUGCGUGCUGAGUGGGAGUGGAUUCGUUACGAAUGUCACCCUCAAGCAGCCUUCCGCCACUGGGGCGACCGUGACCCUCCAUGGUCGGUUCGAGAUCCUCUCCAUGCUCGGCUCCAUCCUGCCACCGCCUGCCCCACCAGGGAUUACUGGGCUGACGAUCUACCUGGCCGGGGCGCAAGGGCAGGUAGUCGGCGGGGCCGUCGUGGGUGCCCUUAUCGCCUCAGGCCCUGUGGUGAUCAUGGUAGCGUCUUUCAUGAACGCUACCUUCGACCGCCUCCCAUUGGAUGAGGAUGAUGACGCGGCGCCAAUCCAGAGCCAGCAUUACCAGAAAAGCCGUCAGCAGCACCAAAUUGACGUCGCGGAUCUGUACGGAAUGCCAUCAAACAUGCUCACUAACGGGACUCUGCCCCAGGAAAUGUACGCAUGGGCGCCAACACGACCGGGACCGAAGAACUAACUUAAUAACUGGGAGCACACGUUAGCUAUUAUUGCCUCUCGCUCACACAGUAAUCAUCCCUCCACCACUGUUGAGCUCUGCUUCAGGAAGAACCAACCAUAGAUAAACCUUCUGUAGCUCUGCUUUAUUCAUUGAUCAUGUUGAAGAUAUUAACUAUUGCUUGUUUCCUUUCCAUGAUUAUUUUGGUUUUCGAAAAACAUUCAAUCGAAGUGGUCCCUGUCCAGGCAUGGCAUGCUUAGAACAUGGUUUUGGGACGGUUAGUCCAUGAGUACCGCCAGCUCUUACCGAUGGCACGGUCGAGCAUA